AAUCAUGAAUACCCGCAACAACCGUAACCGUCAGCCAUCCCCAUCUCCUUCUUCGGCUCGUCGUUAUCACCAGGCCCCUCCGGCCAUGGACCUCACUCAGCUCAUAGUCCAGUUUCAGAGGAUGAAUGCACCAACUUUCGCGGGGACUGAGAACCCCACAGCGGUGCUGGAGUGGAUCAAAGAACUGGAUAAGAUCUUCGCUGUGCUUCCCCUCCCUGACCGUCAGCGAGUAUCCCUCGCGGCUUAUCAGAUGAAGGAGGAUGCUUCCGACUGGUGGAUUGACCACUGGGCUCGGAGGCCAGAGGCGGAGCUUCAUGCACUCACUUGGGAGCAAAUGAAGAUGAUGGUGCGUGGCAAGUUCCUUCCCCAAAGCUUUUGGGACAUGAUGGAGCAUGAGUUCUACCAUUUGCAGCAGGGCAGCUCCAGAGUGGACGAGUAUAUUCGCACUUUCACCCGAAUGUGCCUUUUUGCGGGUGACUCGGUGAAUACCGAUGCAAAGAAGGCCCACAAGUUUCUCAAAGGGCUCAAUAAGAGGAUCCGUGAACUAGUGGGGAGUCACGGACUGAUGUCUUUCACCGACACUGUGAGUCGGGCUCAGGAGGUGGAGAGCUGUCUCAUCCCGAUAGCUCCGGUCCCUUCAUAUUAUCAUGCCUCCCGGCCUUCCCAGACCGUUGUUCAGCACGCUCAGCCCAUCUCAUCAGUGCCGCCUGGCUCUAGUUCGGGCAAGAGGAAGGCAGAUUCCCACCGGGAUAACCGGAAGGGAAAGCGAGGAGGUCCAGACCGGCGCAAUCAUCCCUCUUCUGGCAACCGAACCUGCAAGAAAUGUGGCAAGUACCAUAGUGGCGAGUGCUUAGCCAACCAGCGAACCUGUUUCAACUGCAACCGAUCGGGUCACUAUGCCAGUCAGCAGCCCCCACCGUUCCAGCAGAAGACUGGGGGUCAGGCCCGUGUCUAUACCAUUACCCAUGAUGAGGCCGCCCGCAACACAGGUACUAUGUCUGGAAUGCUUUCUAUCUCCAACGUGCCUGUCUUUGCAUUAUGUGAUACUGGUGCUACCCAUUCCUUUAUUUCUUCUCGUUGCUUGGAGGCCUUAUCUAUUAGCACUGUGAAUUCUUGUGAUCCUCUCGAGGUUAGUCUAGCCUCGGGAAAAAUUAUUAUCUCUGACUCAGUGGUUCGCAAUCUUCCUAUUUGUAUUGGUGGUCGAGUUCUGGAGGCCGACGUGUAUGUAAUUGAAAUGCGAGACUUUGAC